CACGACGUCACCGCAUUGUUAAGACGUGAUUAAGAUAAUUAGUGGAAUAACAAAAAGUGAUUUAUUUGCGGCGAGAAAUAAAGUGUUCGUUUGUGAAGUUAUAAUGUGUUUUAGGAAAUAAGUGUCAGUUUUUCAACAAGUUUUAAGGACUAAUAUUAGUUGGCACCAAGUACAGAACAAAGAUGUUACCUUACGUACAAGGCAAAGAAAAGGAGGCAGAUCAAGAAUCAAUAGUUUCAUACGACUAUGAAAAAGCUAAAGAAGUAAGAUGGUACGACAAAAUACUUCUAAACCGGCCAUUGAAAGUGAUAGUUGCAUUGUUACUCGCGAGUAUAUUAGUUCCAACACUAUUGUUCCGGUAUCUAUUCCUCGCGAGUAUGGACUCGGUACCUUCAGAUGGCCACUCAUUCGGUUCCUGCCUGGUGCCAAGAACAUCCAGAGUACCUUGUGGAGCUGGUAAUAUCCCGCAGGAAGAAUGUCACAGCCAAUGCUGCUACGAUUUGGUCAAUGAUGUUUGCUUCCACAGAUUUCCAUCGAGGUUCUCUUAUAUAGUACCAGUAGUAAAUUGGACUGAAGAAGUGGUUCUUACGCCAAGAAUUCCUAUAGUCCCUUUCGCCUCACAAAGAAGUGUGACCAGUUUAAGAUUGGCCAUAGAUGAGGUCUCUCCUACGCACUUAUCUAUUCAAGUAUACGACUCCAGAGACAUGUCAGUAAGUGGCGGUAGAAUCGACAACCCAUUAUAUGACUACCGAGUGUCCACACCCGAACUGAACAUCGUAGUAAAUGCAAGCCAGGGUACCAUUUUCAACACAAUACAAGGGCCCCUAAUAGCGUCGGAUAACAUAUGGGAAAUGGUGUUUAAGUUGACAGACGAGACUAUGUACGGAUUGGGCGAGUUGCCUCUUGAAUCCGGGACGAGCAAAGUGGUUUACAGAUACAAAGGGGGGUUGAGUACUGCGCCUUUAAUAUUUGCGAAGUCGAACGGUUCCUUUCACGGGCUGUUGCUGGAUGUGACAACACCCUCGGAGAUAAUAGUCGGGGAUGAGAAGCAGAUAUCGUUGCGAACUAUGACAAGGUCGGGGUUGAAGUUGCACGUGUUUGUAGGGCCAGAACCGAAGGAUAUUAUGAGGGAUGUUGUGAGUUUCAUUGGGGUGAACAAACAAUUGGAGUAUUGGAUGCUUGGAGCUCACGUUUGCAGCGAAAUGUCAGAAGACGAUGACGAAGCACUAACGCACCUGACCACCUUCAUAGCCAACGCGACACUCGCUGGCUUGCCGUACGAGAGCCAUUGCGGCACUAAGCCCAUUGUGUUCCACUCUGAUGGCAGUGCCGAUGCUAGUGCAGUAGACGCAGGGGCCGAAGCCGUGAAGAGCGCUGGGAAAAGAUUUGUACCCCAUAUAGCGCCUUAUAUCCGUUACAUCAAAGAAGAAAUAGAAAACAAAACGGACGAUGUUGGGUCUAAUACGACAGAUGUUCGAUCGGCCUGUUUCAACAUCGUUUGUGAAUUCGAAGAGUAUAUGCUACAGUCGCCUUCGUCUGGGUUGUACUUGGGUCUUGUAAAUGACUACAACGUUGCGUACCCAGAUUAUGGAAAUGCGUCUGAGGAUUUAUUGGAUAGGCUGUGGGCGUAUAACGAAACCUUGGACGGAACCUUUUUGGUGGAUAGCUGGCCGCUGGACCAGUCAUUGAAGUUGCAUAACGAAACUGAACAGCUUUUGCCUUAUUUUAAUGAAAAUUUCAAAAUAGCCUUCAAUAACAUUCCACAAUGGAACGCAAGAUGGCCACAAGGAGAAGAAUACUUUUACGACCAUAACGAAUAUGGCAGCAAAUUCGUGAGCGCCAUUGAAAAGAAAUUUAUUGACACUCCAAUUUACUCGACUAGUGUAUGGAUGAAGGCAAACGCUGCUACAAACCGACAGAAUGUCGCAUCUUCUUGGACAAGUCUUCGUAGAGAGCUGGUAGAGGCAGCAUUAGGAGGGAUAUCUGGUCAAUGGCACUGGACUACACCUAUUUGCGGUGACACAGAACACUUUGACAAAGACAACCAGGAGCAUCUCUGCGUGAAAUGGUAUUUAGCCGCGACUUACUUCCCAAUGAUCAAAAUCCACGCCAAGAAUACCCCACGAGACCCUAUCGCUUUUGAUAGAACGCGCCAGAACAUAAUGAUGCGGGCUUUGAAUGAGCGUUUGAGUCUGUUGCCUUACUUGUACACGGUGCUACAGCAAGGGCCUGUGUUGAGACCUAUGUUCUAUCAGUUUCCUCACUCAGAUUUGGACGACUUGAACACGCAAUUCUGUGUGGGUGAUCACCUGAUGAUAGUGCCAAAUCUUCAGCCAAGUCAGACACACGUCCACAUUAGGAUUCCACCAGGAACAUGGUUCGAGUUUUCUGGUGGCUUGAAGAUAGAAGCUGAAGAGAAUGACUCUCAUACCUUGAUGACCACGGAAUCUGACUUCAUUACGUUGAUUUGCAGUCGCAGCAUAGUAGUAACUCAAAGAGAUACAAAAGAAACAGCAGAACUAACUCGCAAAAACUCUCCCUUCUCUCUCACAAUUGCAUUGGAGAGAAUAAGCGUUGUCACCAACGGUCUUAUAGAAAUAGAGGUCUUUCAUGCCUUGGGCAGCCUUUACAUGUCGUCAAAUAUGACAGUAAACUUUGAGGUUAAUCAUACAGAACUAGAAAUAACAAGUGAAGGUGAUGAUUUCGACGUAUUCUGCGGUCCAGAAGCGGUUUGGGCAAAUAUGGUUACAGAAAUCAAAAUAUACGGCCUGGACGACAACCAGAAUAACUACGAUAAUUACAGAAAAUCCACAACAAAUAUUGACUUGUGUGACUUGAAAAACGGCGUUAUUGCUCACGAUAUUUUCAGUGAAUAUAAUAAUUAUAUAAUUUAUUUCGAUGGAAUUAAUUAAUAGCAACUAUUGGACCGUGUACGAGUGCAAUGCUCGCUCGUAGUGCCUACACCUUAAAAGCAAAUUUUGCUAACUAAUUUAACUGUAAAGCUUUGUGUUUUGUUCUAUUGUUUGGGACCGCCGCUAGGUAAACAAUACCUUGUUAGUUAGGGCGUACGUAAUGAUUAAAUUUAAUAAUAUUA